AUUGUUUGCUUGGCUCCUCCGUUAAGACGGACAUGUUUCUAUGACACACUCGUUCAAAGACGCAACGUUUGAAAAUGGCUGUAACCCUUCAGACGGAUCUGGGGGAGAUUAAAAUCGAAUUGUUUUGUGAGCGGGCACCGAGAACAUGUGAGAACUUUCUUGCUUUGUGUGCCAGUGGGUUCUACAACGGCUGUGUCUUCCACCGCAAUAUUAAAGGCUUCAUGGUUCAAACUGGAGAUCCUACAGGCACAGGCAAAGGAGGAACAAGUAUUUGGGGCCGCAAAUUUGAAGAUGAGUACAGUGAACACCUGAAACAUAACGUCAGAGGGGUGGUCUCAAUGGCAAACAACGGCCCCAACACAAAUGGCUCCCAGUUUUUCUUCACAUAUGCCAAACAGCCCCAUCUGGACAUGAAGUACACAGUGUUUGGAAAGAUUAUCGAUGGCCUGGAAACUCUGGAUGAACUGGAGAAACUGCCGGUCAAUGAAAAGACGUUCCGACCUCUGACUGAAACUCGGAUAAAGGAUGUGACCAUUCAUGCCAACCCUUUUGCUGGAUAAAUGGCCAUUAACACAAACAUGGACUCUGAUUUGUUUUGUUUUUUCAAAAAGCCUAUCAAUGUUGUGUCCAGUACAUUGCAGGAAUUAAAAUGUAUAAGACCCCAGACAUCAACAUGACCAGGAGACUGACUCAGAAACUGUAAAAUGCUGAGUUGUCUUAAUAAACUUACAUUUUAAUGUCAGAAAUAAAAUUAGAUUUGGGUAAAAUGCCCAGUGGUUUGAGUAAGUCAACUUCUUAUUCAUUAUCCAUGGACUAGUGCCAGAUUUUUUGCAAAAUACAGUGAUAUGGUGUCCCUGAUUUCUAGCUUUGUAUGAUAAUAUUUUUCAAAUAAUGGUUUGCAUCCACUUAAGGCCUUUUGUAAUGAAGAAUUAUAGGUUUAUCUUCACUUAUUUAUCUUCAUGCAUUCACAAUUUGGUCUAAAAAGAAAAUGUGCCUGACUUUUUCAGCACUGCUAUACAUAUUGAGAUGUUUGUUUUCCUGACAGGCUAUGUAAAUAAAUUGUCAAUGUUUUGUACUAAAUAAAACUUGUAUAAUUUUUA